GUAACUUUUAAAUCCCUGCGGACUGCGAAAAUCCUGGGACAGUUGCAGCUGCAAAUCUACACCUAUCCGCCCAUCAUCGAUCAAACCUUCCACUUCUUCCAACCGGAACUCAGCUAUCUCAAACGCGUGGUGCGAAUUCCACCCUUCACGCAAAGCACUGGCGAUCUGCCUUCAGCGGGUCUGGACGCGGAAGGACGAGCUCUGCAGAAGGUCUGGACACGAGUCUCUGACCCCGGUGUCAUCACUGAGUCCUCCGUUGUUACCUUUGGAAAGGCAAUUGACCUGCUGGUUAAA